UUAGGCGCGAGCCUGGAGGUCUGGCGAGCAGCAGCCAAAUUUGACCUUGAAGUGUUUAUCAGCUCACAGGACGGUAACUGGUAUUGUGGCACUCAAGUGUGGCAUUGGGUUAGUGUGCGCUUGACCUGGGUCCAGUGUUCGCGUGGCCUAUAUAAAGCGUCUGGCGAUCUGAAGAGCAGUUGUGUCAGCUCAGCUCAGCUAUCAACAGGACAAAACGUUGAAUAUUCUCUGCUCAAGUGCUAACUAUGUUUACCAAGAUUUUUUUGUUUGCCACAUUGAUUGCUGUUUCCAGCGCUGGAUUGCUGCCCAAUCGGGCGGUAAGCAGUGAAGACACCUUCGAUGCGCAUCCUCGCUACUCCUUUGGCUAUGAUGUACAAGAUGCGGUUAGUGGAGAUGUCAAGUCCCAGAAGGAAACACGUGACGGCGACAUGGUAAAGGGUCAAUACUCAUUGAAUGAUGCGGAUGGGUAUCGACGCAUUGUGGACUAUACAGCCGAUGCUAAGCAUGGCUUCAGUGCAGUGGUGCGACGUGAACCACUUUCUGCUGCGGCUCUCGUCCCAGUCGUGGCUAAGCAGGUAAAAAUACCUGUACUUGCGGCCAAGAAACAGCCCGUCCAACAAGUGCUCGUUAGAAACUAUGCGACACCCACCGCUGUGAUCCACCACGCGUCAGUGGCACAUGUGGUUCAGGCUGCUCCAGCCCCCACCUAUGUUUCCCAUCACGUGCCAGCGCUGUUGAAAUCACCGAUACACGUUGCACAUCCACAAACCGUUUCGUAUGUGUUCCAACACUAAAGGGAGAGGCAAAGUCUGAUGUCAUAAUAAA